UGAUCAUUCCCGGCCCGAAGCGACACUCGGCACAGUUCGGCAAGCUUCGGAGCCUCCGCUCAGGGCAUGUUUAAACAAUGCCGACACUGACCGGUCGUUUGGCCGAGUCUGGACCGAAGGGCGCAGAUAAACAAACAAACUUCACAUGACUGCGCGUCUCCUGAGCGGACAGGGAGCUGAGGACACUCGGAAAGCAGCAGAAUGGUCGGGAAAGUUCUCCCAGCCGUGUUUCUCAGCGCGGCUUUCCACGUUUCCAUCGUUUAUUUAGCCGUUCUGUCCUCUUAUUGCGCUACUGCGACUCCCAGAGACGCAGGGAUCCCCGCCCUCGCCAGAUACUUCAACACCAAGGGCCGCUACGAGGAGGCCAACCCGUAUCUGCUGGACGACAUCCUGGCCAUAAACAGCUCUGCGGCGAAGCCCCCCAGUCCAACCUGCACCCCCGUCCACCUCACGGCCAUCAUCAGGCACGGCACCAGAUUCCCAACCGCUCCAAACAUCAGGAAGCUUUACAAAUUCCACAGCCUCGUCAAGACGGAGGCGGACGGGGACUUCAGUUUCCUGCCACAACUCAAGGCUUGGAAGAUGUGGUACAAGGAGGAGAUGGACGGGCGCCUUGUGGCCAAAGGCAGAGCUGACCACAGGCAUCUGGCCCAAAGGCUGGUCAAGACUUUCCCCUCCCUCCUGACCAAGGAGAACCUUCUGGGCCUUCGGGUCAAGUUCACCACUAGUUCCAAGCACAGGUGUGUGAACAGCACCCUGGCUUUCCAACAAGGACUGAAGGAGCAUUUCUCUAUAGAAGGUGAGCAUUUGAAUUUCACGUUGAACGAUGCCCUAAUGCGCUUUUUUGACACAUGCGCUCGCCUGGUGGAGACGGUGGAGAAGAACAAAAAGGCAGUUGAAGAGGUCACUCGCUUCAACAGAGGCCCAGAGAUGAAGAGGGUUCAGGAGAAACUGGCUGACCGGCUGCAGAUCCCUUACGCAAAUGUUACCAUGGAUGGAGUGGAGGCGGCUUUCUACCUGUGUGCCUAUGAGUUCACCAUCCUCGGAGUGAACUCCCCCUGGUGCCAACUGUUUGAUGAGGCAGAUGCACAGGUGGUGGAGUAUUCUGGUGAUCUGAAACAAUAUUGGAAGAAAGGUUUCGGCCACGACAUCAACAGCAAAUCCAGCUGCGUUCUCUUCCACGACCUGUUCAACCGCCUCAGUGCUGUAGCCAGUCAGGUCAGGUCUGAUCAGCCUGUAUCUGAGGUGGUCACGGUGCAGAUCGGUCAUGCUGAAACACUGCUGCCUCUUCUGACCCUGCUGGGCCUCUUUAAGGACAACACCAGUCUCACCUCCAUCAACUUCCCCUCUCAGCUCGGCCGUGCUUUCCGCUGUGGGCAAAUCAUGCCCUACACUGCCAACCUGCUGGUGGCAUUGUAUGACUGUCCUGAUGGUGUUAGACUGCAGGUGCGGGUGAACGAGAAACCGGUGACCCUACCGGGCCUCGCUGGCCCCUCACCUCUGUAUGAAGAUGUUAAAAAACAAUAUCACCAGUUACUCACAGGUUGUGACCAAGAUACUGUCUGCCAGCUGAACAACUUGCAAGGACAAAAUUGAUGUGAAGCGCCAAAAGAGAGUGCAGAGUUCACAGGUUCAGCAAAAACUCAGUCGUGCAUUUGGGCCAAAUUGGGCCAAAACCCGCAAUGGUCACUGAAAUAACAUGAAACCGACAAAAGUAAUAAUAAAUCAAAUUGAACUGAUAA